AUGCCGCAGCUCAAGGAGGAGGAGGAGGAGGAGCGCACGUCGACGACGACCGUGACGGAGGACGAGGAGGAGAUGGAGCACAUGGACGAGCACUCGUCGCUGCGGCAGGGCGCGCAGGGCGACGAUCACUCGCCGCCCUCCAGCGUGCAGACCCAGCUCAAGAAGCCCAAGAAGUUGGCGCCCGACGCCACGAGCGACAAGGCGAAUGGCACGUUGCGGCAGGGCUCGGCGCCUCGGCUGCUGUCCACCGAGAGUGUGGGACUCAUCUCGCAGUACGCGGCCGUGGGGCUCGUCUACGGCGUGCUGCCCAGCACCAUCACGCCCUUCCUCACGUACUACCUCAACAUGGAGGGCACGGCCACCACGUCGGCGCGCGCGCUGAUCUCCAUCCCCUGGAGCUUCAAGGUCUUCAUCGGCGUGCUGUCCGACUGCGUGCCGCUCUUCGGGUACCGGCGCCGGCCCUACAUGGUGCUGGGCUGGUCCGUCACGGUGCUGUGUCUGCUGGCCAUGGCGGCGUCGCCGCUGGAGGAGCCGUACUUCCCCGACCCGGAGCUGAGGAACGUCAAGCCCGCGGACUACUCCAUCGAGAUGGCGCAGUCGCUCAACAAGAGCGCGCCCAGCAGCGGCGCCAAGUACAUUGUGCUCAUGAUGUUCGCCACGCUCGGAUAUCUCUUCGCCGACGUGGCAGCGGACGCGGUGGUGGUCGAGUACGCCCAGCGAGAGCCCGAGGAGACGCGCGGACGCACCCAGACGGCGAUUUACACGGUGCGAACGCUGUUCAACGUCGUGGCGCAGGCCAUCACGGGCUUCGGACUCAGCACGCCGGACUACGGCGGCAGUUUUGACUUCGGCAUCUCGUUCCCGGACACGAUGCUGCUCCUGGCGGUGUUUUGUCUGCCGGUGAUCCCCAUGACGUGGAUGUUUGUGCGUGAGGAGCGUGUGAAGGACCAGCCGACGUUCAGGAAGUACAUUGGGGACUUGUGGGGUGCCAUCCAGAGUCGCGCGGUGUACCAGGUGAUCGCGUACAGCUUCUUGUCGGGCGUGUUCAGCGGGUUCACGUACGUGGCGCAGGACCCCAUGACGUCGUACUGGGUGCACGCCACGAGUUUCAACCUGAGUCUGAGCAGCAUCUUCGGCAGCUUUGUGACAGUGGUCACGCUCACGCUGACAGGCAAGUACGGCCUGCACUGGAACUGGCGGACGAUGCAAGUGGUCACGAUGGUGAGUGUGAUCGCGCUCGACGCCAUGUGCACCAUGCUGGUGACGUGGGACAUCGUGCGGAAGCAGUGGUUCUGGCUGGGCGUCCCGAUCGUCGAGGCCGUGCCGAACGCCGUGGGGUUCAUCAUCUCGACGUACGUCGUGGUCGAGCUCGCUGGCCAGGGCAACGAAGGAGCGAUCUACGGUCUGCUGACCACGGUGAGCAACCUGGGCGGACCGUUCGCGCUCACGCUGACGAAGAACGUGAAUGCGGCGUUCAUGGUCUACAACGAAGACAUCCUGAACGACACGCUGGAGGUGCGUCGCGACGUGACCAUCACGAUCCUGAUCUCGUACGUGAUGAAGCUGCUGGCGCUGCUCUUCCUGCCGCUGCUGCCUCGCCAGAAGGCCGAGGCGCAGGCGCUCAAGAGAUCAGGCGGCAGCAGUCGACGCAUGGGCGCCUUCACGAUCGCGUAUCUAUCGUUCGCGCUCGUGUGGGCGAUUUUGACCAACCUGCUGGGCAUCUUCGAGAGCACUCGGUGCUGGGUCAUCACCGGGGGCUGUAAAGAGUAA